AUGGCCGUCCCCGCCGGCGGACCAUGCGAUGCGGAGCCCGUGCUUACGGCGUUAGACUUCCUAACGCGGGGCAAGCAGAUCGCUUCUGUUGCCCCACCGAUUGCGUCGACCUCUGCUGCGGUCCCUUUGCCCGAAGGCGAUGCUCCAAUCUCGUGUGACGCCGCGUCACUCACUACAGUUCUCUUGACUCAUCUGGAGAGUACCGGCAUCGACCUGAUGCGCCUCACCGGUAUGAGCACUGAUGGUGCUUCUGUCAUGCUUGGACAGCACAACGGAGUCACAGCGCGCCUCAAAGUCAAGGUUCCUCAUCUUGUGUCGUCCCACUGCAUCGCGCACAGGGAGGCCUUGGCGGCCAAGGAUGCUGCCACCGCGCAUCCGGACUUCAACAUCGUGGACAAGGUGGUCCGUGCCGUAGCAGAGAACCUUGGUCGCUCUUCUGUUAAUCACGCCCGCUUUCAAGAGCUUCAGGAGGUCAUUUGCGAGACCCACCUCGAAGUCCAAGGCAUCAAGGACGUCCGAUGGUUGUCUCGUGGUGACGCCAUCCAGCGCCUGGUGAAGGUGUUUCCUGCAGCAGUGAUGGUCUUGCACGAGACAAACAAGAAGAUGUAUCAAGUCGUAACGAGCUACAAAUUCCAUUUCCUGCUGUUCUUCCUUGCCGAUGUCCUGAAGGAGCUCAACCUUCUCAGCUUGAAGUUUCAGCGGCGCCAGGUCGACGCAACCCAUGUGCUGCCGAUGGUGCACAACACCACCUUACUGCUGCGCACACGUUACCUCGACUGCGACGACGCGACUUUUGGCCAGGGUGGAGACGCAUUGGGCCCGUUCCUCGACAAGCACGCAUCAGGGGAGUUCCGUGAGGUCCUCGUUGCUGGCACAGCUUCCGACGGCACAUCGGUCAGCCAUCGAUACCGACUGCACGAGGAGAAAAUCAAGGGGCAGAAAAGUGGUGUGGACCACCAAGCGUGUUUGGGGCUGGCGCGCGAGUUCAUCGCGACCUUGGUUGGUCGGCUCGACUACCGCCUCAAGGAUCUUUCACACCUCGACGGGGCGAAGCUGUUCAAGUAG